AUGAGUGAAAUAGCAGUUGAUGAGACUACGACUGGUAUCGUAGUUGAUACUAAGAAGGAUAAUGGAGAUAAUGAGAAGGAUAAUGGUGACAAUGAGAAGGAUAAUGGUGAUGUACCAGUGGUAGAUGAGAUAUCUCCAAUUCCAUGUAAACUCUCAACUCAAGAGCACCUGAAUAUCUGGAUAUACAGGCUGAAAAUGAAGAUAAUCAUCGCAUUCACAGUGGUCGUCCUCCUUCUGGCCCUCUUCAUCCCACUGCUUCUCAAUUCCAGGGCCAAGGCAGCCGCACCAAAGAGGUUCAAGGAGAAGCUCUACUGCGAGGACAUCCUGCAGCAGAUGUUCAAGGAGGAUGCCUCGUUCACGUUUGAGCCAAAGAUGGGCGACUACUUCAAGACCACGAAGUACUUCGGAAAGAGCAAGCUUCUGAAUGGAUUCGUGGACGAACUCAUUCUCAAGACGCACCUGUGCAUGACAAAGACACAAGACGACUGUAAACACUACUUCAGGGCAGAAGACAUGCACUCGUUCUUCCUGGGGCCAUCUGGAACAGGAAAGACGCAAUUUAUCAAGCGAGUUGCAUUUGACCUGGACGUGCGACUGAAGCUGAUUCACAGGGCAGUGAGCAGCGGCCAGGCCCACGACAGUGUCGGCGAGACCGACUACUUCAAGCUGCCUCUCGACGAGAGAAGGGCACUCGAUGCGAUGCCAUCGCGUGUCCGCUACUUCGCAAUCACGCCUUCUGAACUCAUGGACAAGUAUAUUGGAAAUAGUGAGGCACUUCUGAAGGCACUCUUUGACAGGGCCAUGGAGCAGAAUGGGGCCUAUACGGCCACCAUCGUCCUCUUUGACGAGGCAGAGGCGAUAUUUCCGAAACGAAGUGACAGCGACAACGGCUUCUCCAUCAAGAACAGCCUUCUUUCUGAGUUUCUGUCUCAGUUCAACCGUCUCAAUGAUACAAUAUGGCCAGUCUUUCUGGUAGCAAUCACAAACCAGUGGCUUCGAAUUGACUCGGCCAUAAAGAGGAGAUUCUUCAACCACACGCACUUCAAGAUGCCUACGGUUGACGAGUUGACUGCCAUUCUGGAGAAUAUGGUCGAUUCCAAGUUGUAUACAGGUGCUCAAAAGCAAGCUAUUAUCAAUUUAUGCAAGGAAAAUGUGUCCCAUUCUACGAUGGUAGGAAAGUUGUCUGAGAAUACGGUACGAGACAACGAUGGAAAUGUGACUGGAUUCGAUUUUACUGGAUUCACCAAUGCGAUUACAGCAAAUAAGGAGGCAACUGCACUGGAAGAUGAAGAGGAGUGCUACUCCGACGAAGAUGAGGAGGCAGCUGAGGCUGGUGGUGGACAGAGUUAA